AUCUCCGUCUGGUGCCUUAAGACAGAGGAAGGUAUCAGGGCUCUCAGAUAAAAUCAGAAGCACCUUUAGGAAAAGCACCAGCAGAACCAGCCUGAUCCCAACCGGCAUGAAGCUAACACUGAGGAACCCGGGGCUGGAGGACCGAAUCCCCUCCCACGCCCAGCUGGAGAAGAUGGAGGAGGUGGAGGCUGGAGACCGGCCACAGUGGGACAACAAAGCCCAGUACAUGCUGACCUGUGUGGGGUUCUGUAUUGGACUGGGGAACGUCUGGAGGUUCCCCUACCUGUGCCAGAGUCAUGGGGGAGGAGCUUUUAUAAUUCCAUUCCUUAUCCUGCUGGUUCUGGAGGGGGUUCCUCUGCUGUACCUGGAGUUUGCUAUUGGGCAGAGGCUCAGGAAGGGGAGUGUUGGGGUCUGGAGGUCCAUUAGCCCCUACCUUACUGGAGUCGGAAUCGCCUCCAUGAUGGUUUCUUUCCUGGUGGCCCUGUAUUACAACACUAUAAUUACCUGGGUCAUGUGGUACUUCUUCAACUCCUUCCAAGACCCGCUGCCCUGGAGUCAAUGUCCUGUAAAUGACAACAGGACAGGCCUGGAGUCAGAAUGUGCCCUCAGCUCCUCUGUGGAUUAUUUCUGGUACAGGACGACUCUGAACAGCUCUGUGUCUAUCGAGGAGUCCGGGGGUCUCCAGUGGUGGCUGGUCUUGUGUUUAGGGUGUGCCUGGACUGUGCUGUACACCUGCUGCCUCAGGGGCAUCGAGUCCACCGGCAAGGCUGUGUACAUCACCUCCACUCUGCCGUAUGUCGUUCUCACCAUCUUCCUGAUCCGAGGUCUGACCCUCAAAGGUUCUGUAAGCGGCAUCAAGUUCCUCUUCACUCCAGACCUAAAGGAGUUGAUGAAGCCGAUCACCUGGUUGGAUGCUGGAGCUCAGGUCUUCUACUCCUUCGGUUUGGGCUGGGGAGGCCUGAUUUCCUUCUCCAGCUACAACUCCGUACAUAAUAACUGUGAGCAGGAUGCUGUGAUCAUCUCCUUCAUCACUGGGUUCACCUCUGUCUUCGCAGCGACCGUCAUCUACUCCAUCAUCGGCUUCAGAGCCACUCAGAGAUAUGACGAGUGUCUGAAUGGGAACAUCCUGGCUCUCCUGAAUGCGUUUGAUCUUCCCGAUGGAAACAUCUCAGAUACUAAUUAUGCUGAAGUCCUGAAUAAUCUCAACAGCACCAAUCCAGGACUUGUUCAGAACCUCCAGCUGAAGACGUGUGAUCUGCAGACACUGCUCAGUGAGGGGGUGGAGGGUACUGGCCUGGCCUUCAUCGUGUUCACUGAGGCCAUCACUAAGAUGCCCAUCGCUCCUCUGUGGUCGGUGCUCUUCUUCAUCAUGCUCUUCUGUCUGGGACUCUCCACCAUGUUUGGGAACAUUGAAGGUGUGGUGGUUCCUCUGCAGGACCUGAACAUUCUGCCCAGGACCUGGCCUAAAGAGGUCUUCACAGGCAUUACCUGUCUGGUGUCGUUCUUCCUCACGCUCCUCUUCGCUCAGCGCUCGGGGAGUUACUGGGUGGCGCUGUUCGACAGCUUCGCCGGUUCCGUCCCGCUGCUUACUGUCGGAUUCUUCGAGAUGCUGGCCGUGGUUUACAUCUACGGUCUGGACAGGUUCAAUAAGGACAUUGAGUUUAUGAUUGGACGUAGACCCGGCGUGUUCUGGCAGAUCUCCUGGAGGAUCAUCAGUCCCCUGAUUGUGCUCAUCAUCCUGCUGGCUUAUCUCAUCACCGUCACCUCAGAGCAGCCCACCUACACAGCCUGGGACCCCCAGUCCUCCAGUUUCCCGGCUCUGACCCGGAAAACGUUUCCCUGGUGGAUCAACAUCAUCAUCUUCCUCCUGGCUGGAAUUCCCAGCCUGGCCGUUCCGGUCGUCUCCCUGUGGAAGUUCCUCCAGAAGCGCUGUUCCAGAUAAACCCGGAAUCCAGAACCACUGUUCCAGAUAAACCCGGAACAGUGUUCUACCAGUCUGAGCAGAUCUUUAGUUUCUUUUAUAUAUUUUCUUAUUAUAAAAACUGAAUUAAUGUUUAAAUAAGGAUUUAAUAUGAUGUUAUAUUUACCUGUAUGUACUGUAAAUAAAAAACUGUGAAACCCCC